AUGGUGCAGGACGAACCGUCUUUAUUCCUGAUCAGCGAGAGUAUCGGACGAGUGCUAGAGAAAACGAUGACUAUCCUUGUGCACGACCAGAAAUCCGACCGCGUUGUCGAGCAGGGCCAUCUCCGGGACACGCUCUUCCAGCCAAGCAGCCAACAGCUCGAAGCAUGGUACGAGGUGACGAAGGCCGCGAGCGAACUCACCAGUCGAACAGAUCCUAUCCGUGAAGAGGCGGACGCCGAGGCUUUCUCUGACCGGCUCGACCAGGCUGCUCUCUAA